UGCCGCACGACCAGAAGGCAUGAAGACUGAUAACCAACGUUACACGGGAUACAUCGCUGGUGGAUAUACGGAAGAGGAGGACGCUGUCUUCUAUGCUGGACUCUGGUCACAAUGGUUGAGCGUCAGACCUACGUGAAGCUCAGUGAAGAGAAACUGAUACCAAAGUCGCACAUAUUGUCACUGCUUAGGACCUACAACUGUUACCAUGAAGGAAAGAAUUUCCAGCUGCGGACCCGCGAGGAAGAUGGAGAGCUCAUCCUGGAGGGGUUGCUGAACAUCUACUGGGGUCUGCGCCGACCAAUCAGACUUCAGAUGUACGACGACAAUGAAAGAUUUCGUCUCAACCGAAACGAUAGAUCUGCUGGGGCAAAGCAGCUCUCAGAAGAGUCUAACAACAACUCACUGGGUACAGAACCUGAGCCAGCAGGUGGAGACACGUGUGGUCCGGAUGAGGAGGAUUCUCCUCAGCUGCUGAGGACCAGGAGCGAUGCUUCCUUCAUGCGGGUUCAGAGGAGGUCAAGGACACACACUGCCAGAGAUUUGCAGCGCUUGCGCACACACAGAUUCUCAAUCAACGGACACUUCUACAACCACAAGACAUCUGUAUUUACUCCGGCCUUCGGUUCUGUUACUAACGUACGAGUGAACAGCUCCAUGACGACUGGACAAGUCCUCAACUUGCUGCUACACAAGUUUAGGGUGGAGAAUAAAUCUGAAGAGUUUGUACUUUAUUUGGUGCACGAGUCUGGUGAAAAGACCCGACUGAGGGAAGGUGAAUAUCCGCUGGUGACUCGUGUGCUUUAUGGACCCUGUGAGAAAAUCUCCAAGAUCUUGAUCACAGAGGCCGACCUGGGAGAGGAAGUCACAUAUGAUGUGGCCCAAUAUAUUAAGUUCGAGAUUCCUGUUUUAGACAGCUUUGUAGUGAAACUUAAAGAGGAAGAGGAACGUGAGAUAAACAAGCUGACCAGAAAGUACAGCUCUCUGAAGUCUAUGAUCCAACUUCAGCUCGAAGGCAGAGCCAGUGACAUAAUAUGAGUUUCUGCAGGCACUGAUGUAACGUGUGUGUGUGUGUGUGCACGAGGAAGGGUGUGUUGAACACUAAUGAUUGUUGAAUUCCUAUGGGAAAAUGUGCCAAUACUGUAGUGAAUGUAGAUGUAGAGGUAAGAGGGUAAAAGUAAAGGCUGCAAUAGAACCAUAUCAUACACCAACGUGCUUCUACUUUUAGAAAUACAUAUUUCAACAGUUUGUAGGAUCUGUUAAUGUUUUUGCUGCAAAGUGUAUCACUGCUUUAUAUUUUAUGACUUAAAUUAUUUUGUAUGAAAAUUCUUACUGCAAGUUUGGAUAUUUAUACCACCUGUUUUUGGUAAGGUUUUCCUCUGACUUUUCUAUGUAAUAAAUCAGUUUUUAGUUUUGUCUCUAUAAA